AUGGGCAAAUUGUUGGCUAAUUUGUUAAAAAAUGUGAAAUAAGCUAAAGAGAUAUCUCAUUAGAUUUACAAAGGAUAUGAGAGUGUUAAAGAAAGAGAUUAAACUAAUCGUAUGAUAUUUGAAUCUGGAUGUGAUAAUAGAAUAACUAGUUAUUACACCCACAAUGGAGAUUUGGAUGGACCUGGAGGCAGAUAAGGAAAAUGUGGCUACAAGAAGGAUCAUGCUAGAAACUAUUGUUGUUAAAAGUGUUUUAAGGAAGGAAGACACAAGAGAUUGAUUUGA